AUGGGAAACCAGCCCCAUAUAGAACCUAUUGCUAUUCUAGAUGUUCAUGACCAAGAGACAACAGCAGAGACACGAGUUCUCGUAAGGGAUGUGAUAGAAGAGGAUGAACCCAAUGAGGAAAAUGAAGACUUGCGUGAUGAUGAGUAUGGGAGCCCAUUACGUCAGCAGACUAGAGCUAUGAGAAAUCAGGUCAAGCUCAAGUGGAUGAAGGAUUUUGUGAUGUAA